AUGCCCUGCCAUGCCAGGCCAGGCCUCUCUCUCUGGGACCAGUUCUCGACGACAAGUCUGCACGAACACAAACGCAGACAGGGCCCCGUCUUCAGUCGCUGCUCCUGCAUUGCGAGGCAAGGUUCAACGUACGGGUUCCAACCUCCUCCGGCGACGGACGUCGAUCCUCCGCCGUUGACGGCCUCCCCGCACUUCCCCUCGCGAACCCCCGCCAACGGACCGGAUCCUCAACCCGACCGCAUUGCCGACCCAGUAGCAGAUCUUCCAGACCACGAUGUUUCCUUGUUGGCCAUCUUGCAGAGCAUCAUGGCCCCUGCUGGCCUUGCCACUCCUCGCGGAGGUGCCGGCUACAUAUGCUCAGGACGCCCAGAACCCUCCGACAUGGGUGUCAUUCGCAACAUUCUGCCUGCGGGCCUCGCCCUGGCUACCACGGGCGCCGCACAGCUGACGAGCCCCGGCGGUGUGGGACGUCUGCCUGCCCUGGGAUGGAACUCAUGGAACGAGUACGGAUGCAACAUUGAUGAGAGCGUCUUCCUCAAGGUCGGCCAUCACCUCGUGGACUACGGACUCAAGGAUCUUGGAUACGAGUACGUCAACAUUGACGAUUGCUGGAGCGACAAGGUGCUACGGAGAGACAACACAACAAAGGAGAUCAUUCCCGAUUACGUCAAGUUCCCCAACGGCAUCAAGCACGUCGCGGAUGAGAUCCAUAAACUCGGCCUCAAGGUUGGCAUCUACUCCAACGCCGGUCUUUCCACCUGCGGUGGCUUCGCGGCGUCCCUGGGCUACGAAGACAUUGACGCUGCCACCUUUGCCAAGUGGGGCAUCGACUACCUCAAAUACGACAACUGUGCCGUGCCCGAGGAGUGGUGGGACGACUGGAAGUACGUUCCCGAGAACUGGUUCGGCGGCCCUCCCAACGAGAAGCAGGACGACGGCUCGCCCGUCAACUCCAAGACGGACAAGCCCGCGCCCCCCGGCUACGACUGGGCCACGUCCAACUCGGCGGAACGCUUCCGCCGCAUGCGCGACGAGCUGCUGAAGCAGGACCGCACGAUCCAGUACUCCCUCUGCGCAUGGGGCCACGCCCACGUCGAGCAGUGGGGCAACGACACGGGACACAGCUGGCGCAUGUGGGGAGACAUCUACCCCGUGUGGCACGGGAAGCACGAAUGGAGCUGGGGCAUCGCGCCGAUCCUCAACCAUGCCUCCUUUUUCUGGAACACGACCGACUUCUGGGGCCACAACGACUGGGACAUGCUCGAGGUCGGCAACGGCGAGCUGACUCUUGCUGAGAGCCGCAGCCACUUUACUCUGUGGGCGGCGCUCAAGAGCCCUCUGAUCAUCGGCACGCGUCUCGAGGGGAUCAAGCCCGAGGUCCUCGCGAUCCUGGCGAACAAGGAGCUCGUCGACUUUAACCAGGACCCCAUUGUGGGUGCCUCUGCCAAGCCGUACGACUGGGGCCUUGGCCGCGAGUUUGGGUCAUGGAACCAGACGAACCCGGCAGAGUACUGGGCUGGCGAGUCGUCAAAGGGAACGCACGUCUUCAUUCUCAACACGCUGGAUGUGGAAGACGAGAAGGUUGUUGUUUUCGCCGACGUCCCGGGCCUCGAGGCUGGCAAGCGGUACGUUGUCCACAACAUGUGGACCGGAAGUGACCUCGGGGCCUUUGAGGACUCGUUCAAGAUCGACCUCGAUGCCCAUGAUACGGCCGCUCUCAGGAUCAACGAGAUUGUGUGUCCCAAGAAGAGGGCCCUGACUGAUCAGGAGACCGACUAA